AUGUCAGUACAAUUACCUGUCAAUUUUCUAGCGGUUGUGGAUUCACACAAAGGAUUGUCAUCUUUGAAUGGUUCACAACAUUCACCGAGGGGUCUUUCUCCAUCACAUUUUGCAGGUGGAAGUUCUCCGGUUUCGUCUACUUCAUUCUUGUCAACUUCUCCUGUUUCGUCUAGUUUAUUUGAUGGCUCCUAUUCGAAUGGACAAGGCUCACACUUUAAAUCCUAUAGUUUACAUGCAGAUUUUACAUUUUCUACUAGUAGUGAAGAGCAAAUCAAGAUAAAUAUUGAAGGAGUCGAUGAUUUUGACAGAACUGCCAACCAUCAUCCCAUCAGCUCGAGUCCAUUGUCAACCAGUGCACUUUCUGAUGGACACCAUCACAACCAUCACGACCAAUACCUUCCCGAUGAUAAUUUAUCAACUAAUUCAGCACAUUCCCAUGGAAGUUCCACAGCAAAAUCAACAAAAUCAACAAAAUCUUCAAAAUCUUCAAAAUCUUAUGGAGAAUUCAAACAUUUACCUCCGUUAGAAGAAAUGCGAGAACAAUUUUUCAAAUAUUUGCAAAGUUUUGAGUAUGAACUAGAAGCUAGAGCUAAGGUGUUGUUUCUUAUCAAGUUUAUGGAUGCAAGUUCAUUGAAAAUCAAGUCAACUGUCACAUCACGACAAGUGGUAAUGGAAAUGAUUGAUGAAUUUUGCAGAGAUUUAUUGUUAGAAUUGGAAAUUCCUACAAGUAAUAUAGAAAUUAGUAUAAAUACUGGAGGAGAAGGCAAUCCUUUCCAUUUCCUGACAAGUUUAAUCAUGCAUUUAAAGAAUAGAACUGCAAAAUUGUUUUCACAUGAAAGAUUGGAAAGUUUUUUAAAGAAACAACACGAAUGCUAUUCGAAAAACAUUGAAAUUCCACUCCAUACUGAUCCAAAUGAUAAAUUGAUUGGUAUUGGAAUGUUGGAUGAGAUUCAAAUCAUUAUUCAAAUGUUUUUGCAUGAUUUGGAGGAUUGGUUUAAUAUUUUCCAGGUGGAUGAAGAAAAAUUCAUUAACAAGUGGAUCAAGACGAAUCUGGAACCAAAGAAAUUGCCCUCCUCUGCCCUUCACAUUCUGUUAAAGAAGAGAGAUUUAUUCAAGCAUGCAGAGAAGGACCAUCGAUUCUCAGCCGAGGAUUUGAGUGUAAAAUUUGUAAUUGAUUCAGAUUGGAAGGCCAUUAAUUAUCUCACUAAGGAAUUUUCUCCAGAUUGGUAUCCAACUAUUAAGAAUCGAGGAAAAUUAAUGCAAUGGUCCACAAAGGCAGAUUAUACAGUUGGACAUUUGGAAUCAAAGACUUUUAAAAUGGUUGGUAAAUUGGAGAAUUCUCUGGAGGAAUGUGUCAAGGCACUACACACUGAUGAUCACUUAUCGUCAGUGUUGAAGAAUGUGACCUUCAACCAGAGUGAGCCCAUUAACAUGACUAGCUCACAACAGAAAUAUUCAAUUGCCACUCUUUCAUCAGAUUUUGAGAUUUCUUUAUUCCCUAAACGAGCCCUCGACAUGGUACUCUCAAGUCAGGCAUCAUUCGUUGGUGGUGAAAUAACAGAAUGUCUCCUAUUGAUGAAAUCAUACGAUAGUGGAGAUUCUAGAACAAGAUUGCCAAUGAUUGGAGCUAGGUUAUUACAAAAGAUUGAUAAUAAUAGUACGAGAUAUAUUGAUUUUAGAAUGAUUAAUCUGAGUGGAAUUAUGGCCACAAGUAUUGGAUGGGAUAUGGCCAGGAAGAAAUUUGCAACCAUGAUUGAUACUGGACUGAAGGAAGCAAUCAGUCGAGCUCAAAAGAAGAAUUUCGAUAUUGCAAUUGAGAAACACAAGAUUUUCAAAACACUAUACGAUAAUUGUAAACAACAUCAACAUGUUGACAUUAAGGAAGUUCUCUAUAAAGUUUAAUUUAAUU